AUGGCAUCUGAGAAAUGUCCAGAGCAUCAGUAUUUGCACAAGUCGACGAUGGACUGCGAAGAUUGCCCUGACGGAAAGGAGCCCAACGAAGAGCGGGAUGCCUGUGAAGAUGAGACUUCCCUGGGCCUCACCGAGAUGGAGUGGGUCGCGGUCGGAACGGGCAGCGGCGUGUUCAUGAUUGGCGUGUCUGGGCUCGCCUGGGCUUUGCGGGGCACCUGCAAAAAAAUCCUUGGCAUCGACAUCGACGAGCCCACGGUAAGCCGCAAAAGCGCGACCCCAAAGACCUCGAAAACCGAGGCCAUAGACGUCGAGAUCUCCGAAAAAGAGGUAGAGGAACCAGCUGCGAAAUUUCAGAGCCCCUGA